AGGAAUCGUCUCUAAUGAAGAUCAAGAUGUAUUGUAGAGCAGCUAGAGUCCCAUCUUCCAUUUUUACGUUUUAGUUUUCCCCCGACAAUAAAAAUAAAUAGAGAAAAUAGAGAAUGACGAUGCUUUCCCCGAAGCGACGUCGCGUCGACGACGACGCCGAUGCGUCUGGCGAUCAUGAUGAUCUCCACAAAGACUCUAGCAUCAGAAAUGCCGACAAACCUACGACAGCCACCACAAAUAACUCAGCCAAGCGGCACGGUUACGACUGGUACAGCAACACUUUAGGCCAACCACGUCACAUCUGUGCACCUAUGGUAGACCAGAGUGAACUACCUUUCCGUCUUUUGUGUAUAGACUACGACACAGAUGUCUGCUACACGCCAAUGAUCAACUCGAAGAUGGUCCUACAAAGUGUGGGUGGAGGACUGUUUGAAGACUUGCGUGGUAAUCAUGUUGAAGGAUGUGACCAGUUCUUUGAGUCGCGGCUUCAAGAAAGCAGUGCGUAUCAAGCGAUGGCACAGCAGUUUAAUCCAGUAGUGGAGAUGUUUCCAAGAUGGGGAGACCGAGGUGAAGAGUGUGGCAACGACGGGAUGCACGUUGGACCGACCAGCGCGUCGGCUUCCUGUAGCAGCUCCAGCAAUAAGUUCCUCGAUCGCGAAUUUUCGACCUCCGAUUUAGAAAAGAAUCGUGUCAUUGCCCAGUUCUGUGGUGACAAUCCGAACACUGUCCUUGCCGCCGCCAGACUCGUGGAACCUUUUGUCGCAGGCAUAGAUUUGAACUGCGGUUGUCCGCAAGGCAUCGCCAAAAAAGGACACUACGGCGCUUACUUGUUGCAAGAGCCGGACUUGAUCACGAGUAUCAUCUCGAAAUUGCACACAGGUCUAAGAAAAGUUCCAGCCACCUGUAAAAUCCGAAAAGUGAACAACAGCAACAGCUACCAGGAGACGAUGAACUUGGUUCAGCAACUCGUAGAUGCUGGUGUCUCCGCAGUAACGAUUCACGGUAGAACGAAAGAAGAAAAGGGACAGCACACCAGAGCUGCGGAUUGGGAAUGUGCUAAAUUGUUGAAAGAAAGAUUUGGAAAGAAAAUUCCGAUCUUCUGCAAUGGUGGGAUCGAACACUAUGGAGACGUAUUACGCUGUUUCGAAGAAACGAAAUGCGAUGCAGUGAUGAGUAGUGAAGGACUGUUGGAAGAUCCACAAUUGUUUGCGAAGGGACUGCGCGAUCCAGCAGCUUUGACCACCUCACCCAGAGUCCCUCAGGACAUCAUCUUCGAGCAGUACUGCUAUUAUGCCAAGCGCACUGGAACGAAGCUAAAAACCGUCAAAGCCCAUUGCUUCCACAUGUUGUACGCAGGAUUGCAGACGUUCACAGAUCUGAGGGCGAAAGUUGGUCGUGCGAAAUCGAUCGAGGAGCUCGAAUCUGUUGUGGUGAACGAAUUGAGGCCAGCACGCAUAUCCUGGGAACAGCGAAAGAAACAAGUUGGAGAAGCUGCGAAGAUGCUGAGUUCUGAGCAGGCGAAGAUAGUAGACUUGGACGCGGUGAUUACUACAACGACGACGAAUGAAACAGAUGCAUCAGUUUCAGCAACAACAGCUGUUUCUUCUUCAUCUGCGACAACCACAACCACAACUACCUCUACUUCGACUUCGACUACUACUUCCACUGACAUCAACGAUUUGCCUGAAGGCAUCGCGAAUGUGCUGCAGUCCCUCGACGAAUUUCCGAAUUUAGGCUGGUAUCGGAGGUACAGGAAUCCUAUUGGCGGUAAGAAGAAGGACAAGCCGCUAAGGAAAGAUGAGAUUCUUGAUGUAGACGGGGAGAAGGAAAGAAGUCCUGAAAAGGUUGUAACGGUGGGUGGGGCAUGAUUCGAUCUUCACGACUCUUUCUUUUGUUCAUCUAAGCAAAACGUGUCUCCACUAUUUCUUGAAACCCCUUAUAAUUGACUCCACCUUUUCAGACGAUCUAAUGCGAACUGGGUGCAAAGCGCCUUAUUUCUGCAGCAGCUUGACAUGAUUGAUCUUGGAAAGAACCCGUGGAAAUGAAGACGAU